UUUAGUUUUGUGCUCUUUGCUGUCUGCUUCUCCUGACGCACCGAUUCACUGCAUUUUCCUGCAGAGAUCACAGGCUGGGAGGAUGACAGCUCAAAUGUAUUUCUCGUUGAUUGCUGUUUUUUUCUGUCUGUUUGGAUACUUCAGCAUAGCUCACGCUAUUCAAAGACGAACCCCAGUGGAUGGUUUCUGUCCGGAGAGGCUGAUGGUCGAACCAUCCCAUCGAGGCUGUUUCUCUGAUGAAGACUGCCCUGGAGGGCACAAAUGCUGUCGAUUUGAAUUUGGGCCUGUUUGCGUGCUGCCUGUUUUCAUGAAGCCAGGUCAAUGUCCCAUACCGGAGAUGAUUCCACUCUGUGGUGAUAGCUGUUUCAAUGAUGGCCAGUGUCCUGCCACACAGAAAUGUUGCCCAACCACCGGUGGCUUUGCAUGCAGUGAACCGCGUGGCCAGGGAAGAGGUCAGGCAACUUGCCAGGGAAGCAGUUCUGGCCAGGGAAGCGGCUAUGGCCAGGGCGCAGGAGCUGGCCAGGGAAGCGGCUAUGGCCAGGGAAGCGGCUAUGGCCAGGGCGCAGGAGCUGGCCAGGGAAGCGGCUAUGGCCAGGGAAGCGGCUAUGGCCAGGGCGCAGGACAGGGUGCUGGCCAGGGAAGCGGCUAUGGCCAGGGAAGCGGCUAUGGCCAGGGAAGCGGCUAUGGCCAGGGCGCAGGAGCUGGACAGGGAAGCGGCUAUGGCCAGGGCGCAGGAGCUGGACAGGGAAGCGGCUAUGGCCAGGGCGCAGGAGCUGGACAGGGAAGCGGCUAUGGCCAGGGCGCAAGAGCUGGACAGGGAAGCGGCUAUGGCCAGGGCGCUGGAGCUGGACAGGGAAGCGGCACUGGAGCAGGCCAGGGAAGCGGCUAUGGCCAGGGAAGCGGCUAUGGCCAGGGAAGCGGCUAUGGCCAGGGCGCAGGAGCUGGACAGGGAAGCGGCUAUGGCCAGGGCGCAGGAGCUGGACAGGGAAGCGGCUAUGGCCAGGGCGCAGGACAGGGUGCUGGCCAGGGAAGCGGCUAUGGCCAGGGAAGCGGCUAUGGCCAGGGCGCAGGAGCUGGACAGGGAAGCGGCUAUGGCCAGGGCGCAGGAGCUGGACAGGGAAGCGGCUAUGGCCAGGGCGCAGGAGCUGGACAGGGAAGCGGCUAUGGCCAGGGCGCAGGAGCUGGACAGGGAAGCGGCUAUGGCCAGGGAAGCGGCUAUGGCCAGGGAAGCGGCUAUGGCCAGGGCGCAGGAGCUGGACAGGGAAGCGGCUAUGGCCAGGGCGCAGGAGCUGGACAGGGAAGCGGCUAUGGCCAGGGCGCAGGACAGGGUGCUGGCCAGGGAAGCGGCUAUGGCCAGGGAAGCGGCUAUGGCCAGGGCGCAGGAGCUGGACAGGGAAGCGGCUAUGGCCAGGGCGCAGGAGCUGGACAGGGAAGCGGCUAUGGCCAGGGCGCAGGAGCUGGACAGGGAAGCGGCUAUGGCCAGGGCGCAGGAGCUGGACAGGGAAGCGGCGCUGGAGCAGGACAGGGAAGCGGCGCUGGAGCAGGACAGGGAAGCGGCGCUGGAGCAGGAGCAGGACAGGGAAGCGGCUUUGGCCAGGGCGCUGGAGCAGGACAGGGAAGCGGCGCUGGAGCAGGACAGGGAAGCGGCGCUGGAGCAGGACAGGGAAGCGGCGCUGGAGCAGGACAGGGAAGCGGCGCUGGAGCAGGACAGGGAAGCGGCGCUGGAGCAGGACAGGGAAGCGGCUAUGGCCAGGGCGCUGGAGCAGGAGCAGGACAGGGAAGCGGCUAUGGCCAGGGUGCUGGAGCAGGACAGGGAAGCGGCGCUGGAGCAGGACAGGGAAGCGGCUAUGGCCAGGGCGCUGGAGCAGGACAGGGAAGCGGCGCUGGAGCAGGACAGGGAAGCGGCUAUGGCCAGGGCGCUGGAGCAGGACAGGGAAGCGGCGCUGGAGCAGGACAGGGAACUGGCUAUGGCCAGGGAGCAGGACAGGGAAGCGGCGCGGGAGCAGGACAGGGAAGCGGCGCGGGAGCAGGACAGGGAAGCGGCUAUGGCCAGGGCGCGGGAGCAGGACAGGGAAGCGGCUAUGGCCAGGGAAGUGGAGCUGGACAGGGAAGUGGUCAAGGGAAUUGUCGGGGAUGUGGCAAAGGUCAAUGUUGUCUUUAGGUACAUGUUCAUAGGAAUUUUGCAUAAUACUUUCUGGGGAUCUUUUCCAAUGCUUUUGUUCAGAUGGCAUGUUUUCCCUGUUUGCUCAAACGGUUUAGGAAGAUUUUCUGACUUUCUACCACUACCAUCACCUCAAAUAAAAAAUAAAAUUGCUUGAUUUGAA